UACGAUCGCUUUUACAGCAUUCCGCAGCUCGUGACGUCACACCACGGCCAUCUUUGCUUGUGUGUAGUGUGGUGGAACUGUUUGUUCGACAUUUAGUCGUCGUAAACGCGACCAAAGCUGUUUUGUUGCAACUAAUGCGCAGAAAUAUCCUGUUUUGCGGAGAACUCGGCCACACAUUUAUGGAGUUUGUAACUAACAGCGGAGACUACUGUCAGGCACAGCACGUCUAAGAACAUCUGUUCGUCACUGGGGUCGUCCGUGAACUCCGUGUCGAGGAUAUCACCAUUUCCAGUUACCUUGCCACAUCUGUGGUACUGCAUGCACAGCAAAAAACCGUGGAUUUACUUGCAAAUUUUCUUGUGAACUGAACUUGAGGUUCCACAUCAACGCAUUUAGGACAAGGAACAGCCAAGAAAUACUUGCAUGGGGUGAAGACACGUGCCAGCUUUCUUCUGUUCUGAAAAAUAUAAAUUUGUUGGGGUUUUCAUACCAUUCUGUUGCAAGUUUAUUUUGUUUUUUGUAUUAAAAGCAGGACAAAAGAAAACUUGGCCUCUUGACAUUUGAAGUUCUUCAUGUGUUUUCCUUGUGGUCUUUUAAAGCCUGUUUUAAAACAUUUUACCUCAGCAUAAACUAUUGACCGUUUAACAAUGAAGGCCCGACGCCCUGAACCAGCUGAGAUCGAGUACAAAAACAUGAGGUUUCUCAUUACAGACCGUCCUACUGAUGCCACAUUGGACAAAUACAUAGAGGAACUUCAGAAGCAUGGAGUUAAGCAUGUGGUUCGAGUGUGUGAUCCUACAUACAACAAGGAGAAACUUGAGAAGGAAGGCAUUGAAGUGCUGGACUGGCAAUUUGAUGAUGGCAGCCCCCCACCAGCAGAGGUGGUCAGCAACUGGUUCAACUUGCUAAAGACUAAAUUUCGAGAAGAUCCUGGUUGCUGCGUUGCUGUCCAUUGUGUGGCAGGCCUAGGAAGAGCACCAGUGCUUGUAGCUAUUGCCUUAAUGGAAGCAGGGAUGAAGUAUGAAGAUGCUGUGGAGCUCAUUCGACAGAAGCGUCGUGGAGCAAUAAAUUCUAAACAGCUAGCUUUUCUAGAGCACUACCGUCCCAAGUCACGCCUUCGCCCCAAGGCCAAUGGCCAUACACAGUGUGCCAUUCUCUAAGACAAUGGCAAGAGGAGUUUUCCAGACUGUCUGUUCUCCACCACAGCAAGCCCCUCCAAGCUCACCAUUGUCAUGUUUUUGUACCCACACACCGCCCUUAACCAUCUUUCUCAUAUUUCAUGUAUCGCUGAUCAUUCAAGGCAAAGUCUGGGCACUGCAGUUGGGAUCCCUUUGGCAUGGGCCAAGUGGUUGAAUGUUUUAGCAGUUUAACUGCCAUGCCUUUGUGAAUGUUCGUAUUUUAAAUGUAUUACAGUUGUGAAGCAUGAGAAGUGGACGGAGGUGUGUGCGUGUGCGCAUGUAUCUGUGCAUGGGAAGAUGACCAGGCUUUGGACAAAUGUAAGAAAGUGUUGGUGUUCUUGUGUGGUUGAUGACCAGCGUACUGUUGUCAUGAAAUGUCUGAUAACUCUUAAAAGUUUGGAGAAGCUUCUUUCUGCAAUUGUAAAUUUUUGUUCUUGUCAUCAUGGAAAAUGGUCGAUUCUCCCAUCCUCAAGUGCAUGCCAGUAAACAAAUGAUGUUAAUCGAUAUUGUAUGAAAAAAGAAGUAAAUUAUGAGUGUAUCAAAUGCCUAUCUUUGAUGGUGUCUGUGAAAUAUGUGCUUUGAUGACAGUUAACUAUUAUGGCUGGUUGGGAGGGGUAUGUGAGUGGGGCAGUGUGAUUGAAAAUGGUCUUGUAUUAAUAAUGUUCAUACACAUAAGAGACUAAUGAAGCUCUUCCUCAAUAUACCAUCAUAAAAAAUAAAAAGUGAAUGUGUUUUAUAAAACCUCAGGCUUCCACAGCCUUUGUUAGUGAAUGAGUUUAUAUAAAUUAUCUGCCAUAUCUGUAUCAGUUGCCUACAUACACAAUUUGAUUAAUUAACCACCAGUUCCACCUGAAAAUAAGUUGUGAUCAUUCAAGGCAAAAUUAUGAUCAUAUUUUAUUUCUUUCCAGCAAAUAGAAAAAAAUUACUGCUUAAAGGACAACAUGAGUGCAACAUUUUUUUUCUUUAUGAUUGGGUUCAGUUCAUUUUAAAACGAUAAUUUCCAAAAUAUGAGAAUGUUAUGCUUCAUUUUCAAGAUAUUAGCCUUCAAACAUUGGCAUUCUCACUGCAAAUAGGAAAGCAGAAGAAAAUUACUCUCCCUCUCUGGACCGUUCCUUUGCACGCAAGUAGCAUUUAUAACAGCAAGUGUGCUCAGUUCUUCAAAUCUAUGCAGGCCUUCUGGUCAAAAAAAAGAAACAUCUCUUUGGUUGUCAAGUCCAAAAAAUUUUUUUUUUGUCCUAAAAAUGAAAUGGAUGAUUAUGUAAUACAGCCCUGAGCUUUAUUUAGAAGCUUCGAUUGAAGCUUAAAAAAAAAAAUUGGAAGGUUAAACCAAAUUCAUUCUGCAUACUGGUAAGUAAAUCUCUGGAUAAAAAUUAAAUGGGUAACAAUUGCAGUCUGUAUUGGGCUAUUGAUGUAGGAUGUAGACAAGAACGAUGCAUUGAUGUUGCAUAUUUGGUGCAUGAUCUUUGUUUAACCUUUUUACUAGCAAUCAUGGUUUUAACGGCAUGUACUUGAAUAGUUAACACUGGUGUAGGAAAAUCUUUUUGUUUUACUGAAAGUACUUGUACUGCACAAGUGGAUAACAAUCGAUUUUGAAAUGUUUUGAGCAAAUUCUUGAAUAUGGGACGAAGUUCGCACAGCAUGUGUAAGCAAAGCAGAGAUCUGUAUAUAUACAUCUCCGAACAAAGUUGAUCAGUUGUCGUUUGUAGCCAUUAUUUUCAGGAUUUCCUAAAUGAGUACGAACUCCAUCUAAGUGUCAAAGAGAACAUUUAGCGACAGCACAUUGUGUCCUGGUCUGUUUUCUUAUGCAGUGAAUUGCAUUUUUUCCUUCAUGCAGACGAUAUUAUUUUUAGAAAUAUUACUUUUUCAUCCUGUUUUCUCAGCGAAUUAAGGUAUGAUUGUGAGGAGAACAUUAAUAUUACUCGUGCCUCUUCAUCAUAAAAUACUAGCAGAAUGUGUUAUUGUGAUACUUUAUGCUUUAUUUCUAGUUAUUUUUGCUGAGCACUCGUGUUGUCCUUUCAAACGUGACACUUUCAUGUUAUGGACAGGUUGAGAAUAAUCAUGAUAGGCAAAUCGAAUAUGAUGUCAUUGCCAGUUUGAUACAACACUUUUGGAUCAUUGCUGUAGAUAGUUUUGAAGAUUCAGUGUUAAAAGAAUUUUUGAAGAAAAUGGCUUCAUGUAUUUCUGGUAUUCAUUUUUCAUUACUAAUGUUGCUGACAUCAGUAAUGGAGAUUGUUCCUUUUGAAAAUCUUGUUAGUUUGAAAAAAGUGAAAGGCAACAAGAUGUGAAAAGAAAUUUUGAUCAUUGAAUCUGUGAUUACAGUAGAAUUCACUAAAAUAAAAAUGUUUGGAUGUUUACUGAAAACAAUGGAUAACUCCUGUCAGUUGUAGAUGCUAAGGCAUAAAAUACUAAUGAAAGUUUCUUUUAUAUUUUAAAAAACGCAGAGCAUUGUGAAUGUUUUGCAUAGAUUGAACUAAUCCUCUUAUUCUUGUGCUGCAGGGUCAAAUAACCAAGAUCCAUAACUAUUGCAUUGUUAUAGUAACAGUCUCUAAUUGUUGCUACUGAAACAGAUUUUUUUUUUAAAAAGUGCCAGUAAUGGUGGUGAAGUCUUUAAGUUCAUUUAUGGCAACUAUUACAAGACAGCCUGCUUCAUACAUAGAAUGGAGUAGUGCUACAAAAUAACUCGAUUGUGAAGGCUGAGGACAUUCUGCUUUGGUCCUAAACAUCCAGCCCAAUAGUUGUUUUUGUUUCUCUUGAAAGUGAUAGUUCUCAUGAAGUUUUUAUUUUUUAAUGUUUUCUUUUGGGGUGUGUCAAACUUGUCAGCAACAGAAAGCUUUUUGGAAUGUGUCUUCAUUAGUGGCCACAUUUGAUACUUUGAUACCAGUUAAUCACUCACUGAUCUUGUUGAAUGAUGAUAUGUUUGAUAAGCCUACAUAUACAAACUAAAAUAAUGCAUGAAGCAACAUGUUAAUGGUAUUUUCAGAUUACCAUUUUAGUCUGCUUUGAGAUCUUUUGCCAAAAUGAUAUUCAAGUUUUUUCUAGCCAUGUGCCACCAAAUCUCUUUUCUGUAGAAGUGGCCAAAUAUUUUGUGGAGCUAUUUCUCAACUUGCACAGAUUGCAAUAAGUAUUUUUCUCUCUGAAAUUCAGACAUCAAAGCAUCAUUUGAUUUUUCUCUCAACCCCACAUUUAUUUAAUUUGCAAUUAAUGGCUGGAACAUUGAGUGGAUGCAAAGAAAAAAAAUGUCACAAAGUCCCACGUAGUAAGGUUGUGGAUGGCGUACUGUGUGGAGUUCUCUUAACACGGCUACAUGCAAAUUAUUGCAUGUCCUCACAUUUUUUUUUUAAUGUACACAAAGUUUGCAAACUUGAAUGUUGACGAUGUAACUUUGUUGUGCUAUUAUUUUUAUGGCACCCCUCUAAUGUCCUUAAGUGUAUUCUUAACUGAGAAGAUGUUAAGAUAUUAGUAAUUUGGAAUUGUUUAAAACUUGGAACGCUCUCAGCACAUUUUAGAUUGUGGAGAUCAAUAACUCUCUAGCUGAAGAGACAGUUUUUGACUGACCUUUAUUUUCACACCAUCUGAUCCCCAAAGGCAUACCCAAGUAUACCUCCAAAGUGAGAUUCCAAAAGCUAAAAUCUCAAAAAGUUAGAAAAUACAUAUUGGUUCCUGUGAAGUAUUGCAUGGAAGAGGUCCUCGGAGCUAUCAUGGCAUGAGUUAAAUAUUUCAUGAAAUGUAAAGUUUCUGUUAAACAUUUAAGCAGUAAGGAGUGAAUAAGUUUGCCAAAAUCAAAUAUCUCCACAAAUCCUAAAAGGGGUAGGGCUAAAGUGUCUUCCAUGUUUCCAGCAGAAAAAGAACACAUUUUUACCAGUCAAAAUGGCUUUCAUAGAAUCUUCCCUUGCAUUAUAUACUUAAAUGGUUAUGUGUGCAAACUUUUCUUAGUGGAAGAAUAUUUUAUGUUUAUAGAUAAACGCAAUACAGGCAUGGAAAGGCUGGUACUACAAAACUUAGAAGUAUCUGGAAAUAUUUUGCAUAAACAAAAUAAACAGGAAUGAGAAUGAAAAAAUCCAAACCUGCAAUAUGAGGAUAAAUGCCCUUUGCCUUGUUUAUAAUGUUUUACCUUCUGUCCUGAAAGUAUAUAAUAGAAACGCACAAAUAUACCAUUUCACACACCCAAAAAUAUUGUUUCAUUUGCAAGUGUUAUGGUUUUAGUCCAUAGCUUAUGACGAGAAUUAACAAUGUAAACAUUUUAUUUAAACAGUGACAAAUGGGUUUUUUGAUGCUUCUAUGGAAUGUAGGAUAUGCUUCAAUAGAAUAAAAUGCCUUGUUCAAGUUCUCGAAGCUACAUUCUGCAACGAUUCGAAUGGUGUUAGAAAUGAGGUGUUUUAUCUGCCUGUCUUUGUUCAAUUACAGUCGUAAUUUAAUUUUUACUACAAAUUGUGCUAAUAGACAUUAAAAUUUAAUUUGAGUUUGUUAAUUACAGAUAUGCAUGGAGAAGGGGAGUCCUAACUGGUUAUUCAAAGUGGUAUGCCUGUUUCUGAUGAUCAGCAGUCUUUGCAAAAAAAAAAUAACCCCAUGCAUUCAAGGUUGUUCAGUUUUAUAUGCUGCUGGUUUGGGUGUAAAACUAUUGUACUUUUUUUUUGUUAAAAAAAAAAACCGGUGUCAGGCUGUGACCGAGGUUACUACUAAAGUGGACUUUUUUUUGGAUGUAUUUUAGUUUUUGGUGUCCUUUUUCAUUGCUUGUUGUCUUUGUCCUUUGGGCAAUAACUCAUUUUGUGAUAUAAAACAUUACUGUUCUUUGGGUAUGCACUCAAAAGUGCUAAUUUGCAUUACAUGACCAUUCUUCAGUCUUCAAGAGGGAGCAACAUCUUGUCACUGGACACUUAAGGCUUCUCUUUGAAGUGUAUAAAAAGUGCUUCAAGCAAUCCAUUUGCAACAACAACAUAGCUAAGCUAUUAUAAACAACAUGUUAUUAUUCUUAAGGGAAAGUUGCACUGACAGGUAUUUUGGUAGGUUUGGUGUUUUAGACAUCAGAGCUGUCAGAAUAGGUGUUUCACUAUAUUUGGUGAUUUAAUCGAAAUAGCAAAAGUAGUGGUUUUGCCUGCCUAAUGCUUUAACGAUAGCAUUUACACAUUCUUUCCUGUUCUUAAAGUUUCAGCAGGAUAAUAUCUAAUUAUCACUCUUUAGGAGCAGAUAAAAACCUAGAAAACACAAAGCGAUCAUUUUUAUCAUUUAACUUAUAAGUGUUCAUCAUUUCUAAGCUUGGUAGUGUUGGCGAUCCUUGUGGUUUAAGUUUGACACGUUUCCUAACAAUAUGGAAUUCUUCGAUUUGAAACAGUUCCUCUGUAGUUAAGUGAUACACUUGCUAUUAUAAUUUUUGCUUUUUUAGUGUGGUGCAUUUAACUUGUUGCAUUUGGCUUAUGAUCUCUUGCAAAACCAAACUGCAGUUUAUCAACCUAACUAGUAAUGUCACAAUGGUUGCUGUAGCUAGAUCUUCACUUUCAUGAUCUGUCUCCAUUUAUUUUAUAGCCACAUGACUGGGCUAUAAGAGGUCUCAUUCUGCACGCAGCUCCAUGUAAUUCUUUUGCAGUUUUUCUUGCUGUAGAUAAAUAUUAGUUGCCCAGUAACCAUCAUCAAUUAAUAAUAAACGUGUGAUUUAUAGCACAUAAUUACACUCAUAAAGGAGCAUGCUCUCAUUCCUUAAGACAAGUAGGAGAUAUGGAUAUAAUACAAAGGAUGGAAUGAGAAACAACUAUACAGAUAAGUAAUAAAAAAGAGGAAUUAGGGAACAAACAAGAUGGAGAGUGUUGUAGAUCUGUAGAGGCAGACAGGUCGAACUGAACAAUCAGGGAGGUCACCAAAAACAAAAACAAAAGAAAAGCUUUGAAUCUAAUAAAUGGAAAUUAUUUUUAAGGUUGUCUCUGCCAAUUUAUCAGUUUUCUCUGUAUAGCACAUAUUUUCCAGCUUGGGCUUAGCAGUCUAGGAUUAUUGAGUUUCAAAUGUAGAUGGUAAAGUGAAGAUAAAAUUGUAUGUAAUGUGAUCAGUGGCUGUAAGUUUCAAAGAAUUGUGCAUCAUUGUUUAUAGAAAGGAAUAGGAUUUUAGUGUUUCGUAGUAUUUUCUCUAGAUAACAACUUGUAACAAGACUAAUGAAUUUCUCAUCUUCCUGAUGAAUUUAAUUAUAAUCAUUAUUUACAUAGCUAUUAAACUGUAUAUUUGGAUGUAAUACUAUACAUGGCAAAAGUUUUUUUCAGUUUUGGUGAAAGCAUUUUUGUGACCAUUUUUAGUUAGGGUAACACUUAGGUGAUUACUUAAUUUUAUGAUGUUGCCUUGUUUGCUUUGGUCAGUAAGAAGUAUAUGUACUGAAAAGCUUUAGUUACACCGCUAGUGGUCAUUGAUACUCAUAAAAAAAUAUCCCAUCCCACCGUAUUUUACACUUGUCCAUCACAACCACCCUCCCCAAAUCAGAGUAUAUCUGUGUGCUACAGUUGUUCCUUCCCUUUACCUCCGAUCGCUAGGAAUGGCAAAGAGAGAAAUGCAAAACAGACAUGCAUGGCUGAGAGAUCGGGUAUAGUUGUAUAUGUCUUGUAUUUUGUGUAUGGUCAAAAAGUGUGUGGUACAUGUGCACAGUAUAACAAAUAAAGCAUUUGUUUGGCA